AUGACCAUUGAUAUUGAACAAAAAGCCAUUUUUGUUGGUGCAAACCAGCAGAACCAAACUAGUGAUUAUAACAAACAGCUUGGAAUUGUAGCGUUUGGUGCGUCUAAAACAAUUGCCCUUUGGAAUCCUUUGGAUAAAGAUUGCCAUGGGAUCACACAAACUUUAAAAGGUCACGACUCUAUAGUAACAUGUGUUAGAUUUAUUCAUAAUACUAAUUACAUGGUCUCAACCUCGGAGGAUUGUCACAUCAAGAUUUGGAGAUUGAAAGAAAAUGAAUGGAAUUGUAUCCAAACCAUAACUAAAUAUACUCAAACGAUUGUCGCCCUUGGAGUCUUAGAAGGUGUAGUUGCCAUUGGGUGUGCAAAUGGUAUGGUUUCUUUGUGGUACGAAAAAGAGACUGAAGAUAACACAGAUACGUUCCAAUUAGGUGAAGAGUUUGAAGUUGAAAAAAAUGUCUUGCCUUUGUCUCUUUCCAUAUCUAAUGUUGAAAAGAAUAAGUAUUUAUUAGCUGUAGGUGGUACCAAUAUUCACGUGUUUAUAUACUCUUUCAUUUUGGAUAAUGGUAUUAAAAAUUGUCAGAAACAAGCUAAGUUAGAAGGUCAUGAAGAUUGGGUGAAAUCUCUUGCUUUCCGUUACCAAGAGACACCCGGUGAUUAUUUACUAUGUUCUGGUUCUCAGGAUAGAUAUAUCAGAAUAUGGAGAAUUAGAACGAAUGAUCUCAUUAAGGAUGAUGAUGAAGAUGAAAAUACUUUGACCCUAUUGAAUAAUAAACAAUAUAAGUUCAAUGUAGACGAAGGACUACGAAUUUGCAUUAACUUUGAGGCCCUUAUCAUGGGUCAUGAUGACUGGAUCUCCUCUCUGCAAUGGCAUGAAACCCGUUUACAAUUGUUAGCUUCCACAGCAGACACUUCUCUUAUGGUCUGGGAACCAGAUGAAUCAUCUGGUAUUUGGGUUUGUGGUCUAAGACUUGGUGAAAUAUCUUCCAAGGGUGCAUCUACAGCCACUGGUUCUUCAGGUGGGUUCUGGUCCUGUUUAUGGUUCAACAGAGAAGGUGUAGAUUAUAUUCUGACAAAUGGUAAGACAGGUGCCUGGAGGGUUUGGUCUACCACCGACAACUUACAAGUAGAUGAGCAUUUAAGUAUAUCCGGUUCUACCAAAGAAGUUACCGAUAUUGCAUGGUCGCCGAACGGUGAAUACUUGUUGUCCACUUCUUUAGACCAAACUACAAGAUUAUACGCUCCAUGGUUAUUUAACGUUGAUGGCUCUAAAAGGAGUGUUAUUACAUGGCAUGAGUUCUCUAGACCGCAGAUUCAUGGUUAUGAUAUGAUUUGUGUAGAACCUAUUAGCGAUACAAGAUUUUUAAGUGGUGGUGAUGAAAAGAUUGUUAGAUCAUUCGAUGAACCAAAGGGUGUUGCAGAACUGUUGAAGAAGUUUGUCCAUAUUGAUGUUGCCGAAGAAUCUACCAUGCCUGAGUCUGCGGCUUUGCCAGUUUUAGGUUUAUCAAAUAAAGCUACAGGAGAAGGUGAAGAGACUCAAGAUGAAGACAAUGAGGAAGAUGAAACUGCCGCUAAGAAUAUAUCAUAUGAGAUUGUCACCUCAUUGGAACAUCCACCUAUUGAGGACCAAUUGCAAAGGCAUUUAUUAUGGCCUGAAAUUGAAAAAUUAUAUGGGCACGGUUAUGAAAUUACUUGUCUAGAUGUAAGUCCAGAUCGUAAAUUGAUUGCAUCAGCUUGUAGAUCAAAUACACCACAACAUGCCGUGAUUAGAAUAUUCAGCAUAGAUACAUGGUUAGAGAUUAAACCAACAUUGGCCUUCCACAGUUUAACAAUAAACAAAUUAAGAUUCUCCCCAGAUAACAAAUAUCUGUUAGCUGUAUGUAGAGAUAGAAAAUGGAGUAUUUGGGAAAGAAAUUUCGAAGAUAACACUUUUACUUUGAAAUGUAAGAAUGAUAAACCUCAUACAAGAAUUAUUUGGGAUGGUGAUUGGACACCUUUAGAAUUUGGUAACUCAUUUGUUACAGGUUCUAGAGAUAGAACCAUUAAAUUAUGGAAUUUUGAUAAUGAAACACAAGAUUAUAAGAUGAUAGAUUCUGUAAAGCAUGAUAAACCCGUAACCGCACUAUCGGUAUUCCAAACAUUGAUUGAUGGAAAGUUAUUGGUCGCUGCAGGUUUAGAAGAUGGUUCCAUUUUGCUAUAUUACUUCUAUAAUGAUAAGUUUGAACUAAUAAGCCAAGUAAGUGAUAAAGAUACACCUGCCGAUAAACUAACCAGAUUAAGAUGGUCCACUAUGAUAGGAGACAACAAAUACCUUUUAGCCGCUGCAAGUAGUGAUAACACUGCACGUAUUUAUUCUAUCACAUUGUGA